UGGGGGGUGGGGGGGCCGGGAGGGAGGGGGGCAAGAGGAGGAGGAAGCCCACCAAGUCCGGCGGCGGCGGCGGCGGCGGCCGGGAGGAGGCGGAGGACGCGGCGGCGGCGGCGGGGACGCGGUGACUUAGGGCCGCUCCGUUCUGCUUUUUUUCCACCGAUGUAACAGACCUGGAGCCAGCAAGACUCAGAGGAAAGAACUUAAUCAGGUUUAUGUGUCCUAAAGGUUAUGAAGACAGUAUGGAGUUUCCAGACCACAGCAGACAUUUGCUGCAGUGUCUGAGCGAGCAGAGGCACCAGGGUUUUCUUUGUGACUGCACUGUUCUGGUGGGAGAUGCCCAGUUCCGAGCGCACCGAGCUGUACUGGCUUCAUGCAGCAUGUAUUUCCACCUCUUUUACAAGGACCAGCUGGACAAAAGGGACAUUGUUCAUCUGAACAGCGACAUUGUUACAGCCCCCGCUUUCGCUCUCCUGCUUGAAUUCAUGUAUGAAGGGAAACUCCAGUUCAAAGACUUGCCCAUUGAGGACGUGCUGGCAGCUGCCAGUUACCUCCACAUGUAUGACAUCGUCAAAGUCUGCAAAAAGAAGCUGAAAGAGAAAGCCACCACGGAGGCAGACAGCACCAAAAAGGAAGAAGAUGCUUCAAGUUGUUCGGACAAAGUUGAGAGUCUCUCCGAUGGCAGCAGCCACUUGGCAGGCGAUUUGCCCAGUGAUGAAGACGAAGGAGAAGAUGAAAAAUUGAACAUCCUGCCCAGCAAAAGGGACUUGGCGGCCGAGCCUGGGAACAUGUGGAUGCGAUUGCCCUCAGACUCAGCAGGCAUCCCCCAGGCUGGCGGAGAGGCAGAGCCACACGCCACAGCAGCUGGAAAAACAGUAGCCAGCCCCUGCAGCUCAACAGAGUCUUUGUCCCAGAGGUCUGUCACCUCCGUGAGGGAUUCGGCAGAUGUUGACUGUGUGCUGGACCUGUCUGUCAAGUCCAGCCUUUCAGGAGUUGAAAAUCUGAACAGCUCUUAUUUCUCUUCACAGGACGUGCUGAGAAGCAACCUGGUGCAGGUGAAGGUGGAGAAAGAGGCUUCCUGUGAUGAGAGUGAUGUUGGCACUAAUGACUAUGACAUGGAACAUAGCACUGUGAAGGAGAGUGUGAGCACUAAUAACAGGGUACAGUAUGAGCCGGCCCAUCUGGCUCCUCUGAGGGAAGACUCGGUCCUGCGGGAGCUGGAUCGGGAGGACAAAGCCAGCGACGACGAAAUGAUGACCCCGGAGAGCGAGCGAGUCCAGGUGGAAGGGGGCAUGGAGAGCAGUCUGCUCCCCUACGUCUCCAACAUCCUGAGCCCCGCGGGCCAGAUCUUCAUGUGCCCUCUGUGCAACAAAGUCUUCCCCAGCCCCCACAUCCUGCAGAUCCACCUGAGCACCCACUUCCGCGAGCAGGACGGCAUCCGCAGCAAGCCCGCCGCCGAUGUCAACGUGCCCACGUGCUCACUGUGUGGGAAGACUUUCUCCUGCAUGUACACGCUCAAGCGCCAUGAGAGGACUCACUCGGGGGAGAAGCCCUACACGUGCACCCAGUGCGGCAAGAGCUUCCAGUACUCGCACAACCUGAGCCGCCACGCCGUGGUGCACACCCGUGAGAAGCCGCACGCCUGCAAGUGGUGCGAGCGCAGGUUCACGCAGUCGGGAGACCUGUACAGACACAUUCGCAAGUUCCACUGUGAGUUGGUGAACUCCUUGUCCGUCAAAAGCGAAGCACUGAGCUUGCCUACUGUCAGAGACUGGACCUUAGAAGAUAGCUCUCAAGAACUUUGGAAAUAAUUUUAUAGAUAUAUAAAUAAUAUAUAUAUAUACAUAUAUAUACAUAUAUAUAAAUAGAUCUCUAUAUAGUUGUGGUACGGUCUAAAAGCAGUCUUGUUUCCUGGAACUAAAAAGUUGGGAUAUUAACUUGUUUUUGCACUUUAGAAUAGCAUGAGAAUCUCACUAAUUUAGCAUUCUGAUAAAAGAAACUUUAGAGGAAGUCCGAGAAUAGGGAGGUGUUUUUGUUUUGAGGGGGUAGGGAAAUAAGCCAGUGAGAACCUUCUAAACAAAUCAUCCUAUCACAAAAUGCUCUCAUGGCUUCAUUUUGUCAACACUGCAUUGUCUUUUGAGCUCUUCCCCGCCCCCACCCCACAGAGCAGAUUUUUUUUUUUUUAAGUAGAAAUUCCCUCCAGUUUUAUUAGCCUCUUUAUAUGUCUCGAAUUGCAUGAAUCUUUUCUGGCUGUUGGAAACCUGAAUGCUUUUAGACCCAAAUGGAAAAUUUCUGAAAUGCUGGAUUAUCUAUUUUUAAACAAGCAGUUGACUUUCAACUUUUCUGUGGCAACUUCUGGUUUUCUGACAGUUCCCAAUGAGAGCAAUUCUGAAAGUACACUGGGAUCACUGGGACACUGUCUUUGUGAAGGUUUGCUUGGAUGACAAGGAUCUUGCAGCUUCAGCAGUGUUGAACUGUGUGUUUAAAAAUGUGAAUUACUGUUCUUGUAUACUGUAAUUGAUUACGUGGGCUGGGGGGGGUCACAGAACUUGACAGGUUGUGUUGAUGCUCUUAGUUGAGGCUUGAAAAGUAAAUAUUAACGCUACAGAAAUGCAUGAGUUUCAAUGUAUUUUUUUGUCUUUGUUUGCAUUGUAUAACUUUAAUGAGUGAGUUUAAAAUUAUUUAAUUUCCUUAGAAAAAUAGCACCAUUUGGAAAAAAACUGGUGUUAUGAAGAACGUAAAUGCACUGUUUUUAUUUUUAUUUUAUAUAAUUUAAAUUGACUUUCCCACUGUCUUUAAGUUGAAACUGUUAAGCUGAAUAAAAACUUAAGUUGCAAAUUGAUAACUUUGCUAUAUAACAAGGAAAAUAUAAAUGUUUACAAACGGCUUAAAGAUUUGCAUGUGCAGUGUGCAUUUAUAACAAACUUCUAAUUGCACAAAACCCAUGCCAGCUCAAAGUUUAGGUGUACACAUUUACCCGGUUGAGCAUUUUUAGAAUAACUACUGCACAAAUUGACAAUAGGUCAUUCUCUCUUUUUUUUUUUUUCUUUUUCUCCCCUUCUUCCUUACCCUCCCUCCCUUCCUCUCCCUCACCCCCCCCUAAAAAAAAAAAAAAAAAAAAAAAAAACUCAUGAAAAGAUUCUAUGGACUGAAAAAAAGCCCCAGGCUGAAAGGACUGGGCUGCCUUGAUUGACAUGGGGAAGGGGGUUAGUAGACUAUGUGUAUCGCGGCAGCAGAGGCUGCGGCCCAGCGUGUGGUUGUAAUGACCAGCACACAGGGCAGAAGCAUUUUGCACAGUGUUUGUUUUCCUGUCUUGCACUUACAAAUAAGGUCUAUGGGAGUAGCAUGGAAAACGUUUGCUGUUUUUCCCUUUUUUUUUUUAAUUGCUUUUGUUUGAAAUUUGAUCGCCUUAACUACUGUAAACAUAGCCUAUUUUUGUGCUUAAGAUACUGAAUGGAAAACUCCAUUGUGUGUUGCUGGACUGUUUUGAAAAUAUUUGGUCAAAUGUGUAUUAAUUUGGCUGUAAUGGCAUUUAAAGCAAACAAACAAACAAAAAAAGCUGUGAAAAUGGCCUUGGAGCAUUAUCUUUAGUUACUUGAAGAGUUUCUAGUUUUUUUUUUUAAAUACAGUUUAUGUUAAAAAUAAUUUUUAUUAAUUUAGAGAAGACAAUCAAUGUCUGUGAGAAAACGGACUUUUCUUUUGGAUUUUCUUUUUUGUGGUCAUUGUGAGUGAUUGCUUUUUCCUUUUCUUAGUUUCACAUUCUUCCUUUGUUCUAAAACUUAGACUGACAUCUAGCUUUGACAAUCAUAGUAUGUUUUAUUUUCCUGAGGGGGGAAUAACUUAUAAUGCUGUUUAGUUUUGUACUAUUGGUGUGUUGGUGAAUUUUUAAACUGUGUGCUAACUGCAAUAAAUUAUAUGAACUGAGAA